AUGCUGAAGUUUUACAAGGGCCUGUUAAGCUUUUUACUUACACUAUUUUUCUCUCUUUCAGUUGAUACCCUGGACCCUGAAAAGCUGUUACAAUGCCCCUAUGAUAAAAACCACCAGAUCAGGGCCUGCAGGUUUCCUUAUCAUCUUAUCAAGUGCAGAAAGAAUCAUCCUGACAUCGCAAACAAACUGGCUACUUGUCCCUUCAAUGCUCGCCAUCAGGUUCCUCGGGCUGAAAUCAGUCAUCAUAUCUCAAGCUGUGAUGACAAAAGCUGUAUUGAGCAGGAUGUAGUCAGCCAAACCAGGAACCUUGGACAAGAGACUCUGGCUGAGAGCACAUGGCAGUGCCCUCCUUGUGAUGAAGACUGGGAUAAAGAUUUGUGGGAACAGACCAGCACCCCAUUUGUCUGGGGCGCAGCCAACUACCGUGGCAACAACAGCCCCGCAAGCAACAUAGUUAUGGAACAUAAGAGUAACCUGGCUUCAGGCAUGCGUGUUCCCAAGUCUCUGCCGUAUGUUCUGCCAUGGAAAAACAAUGGAAAUGCACAGUAACUGAGUAUCUAUCUCAAAUGCCAGACCCUAGAAGACUCUUUGCUUCUUCCUGCUACAGUGGGUUCUUCAUUUUUUUUCUCCUAAUCUAAUUAUAGAAAGAUAGAUUGUCUGUGACUU